CGGGAAACGAAACGAAUCGGAAACCGGCCGAUUUCUGACUUCGACUUGACGCGGUUUUGCGGCGGCAGCGUCCGUGAACCGGGCCUCGCUCCUUGAUGACGUAAUACGCGACGCCUCGCGAACGGACUUUGAUCGCCGCUCCGCCAAAUCUCCCACAUCGGUCGGCGUUUGCGCAUGCGGGCGCCGGCGGAAAGGCGUUAAUCCGCCGCCGAGUGUUUUUUUUUUUUUUUUUUUCCCUUCUUCCUCUGGGCAAGGCCGAGCAUGAGCUCGCGCGAGUAAAAAGCCCCCCAAACGCGAGCUGACAUCAUGGCGACGGACGUCGUCAAGGCAUUUGUCGAGACGUGUAAUUAUCUCCAGGACCCCCGCCUGGUGGCGAGGUUCCAACGCCUCUGCGGGGUCCGGGGCACGUUUCCGGAGAAGGCGAGCGAGUCGCAAGACGACGACGGCGGCGGUGACGACGAGCGCCCCGACCUCCGGAAGCGGAGCCCCGCGGACGACGUCGCCGGCAACGGGGCGGCGGUGCACGCCAACGGAAAGCCCGGCGAGGCGGAGGACCUCGACGACGACGACGACGGCGCCUCCGCCCGGGCCAAGCCCCUCCGCAGAAACUCGCUGACCGGCGACGUGGGCCAGGAGUUCCUGAUCCACAACAAGUUCCUCUUCUAUCUGUUCACCUUCGGCACGGAGCUGGGCAACGAGAUGUUCUUCAUCGUCUUCUUCCCGUUCCUCUUUUGGAACGUGGACGCGCUGGUCAGCCGCCGGCUCAUCGUGGUCUGGGCCUGGAACUUGAUGGUGGGCCAGUCCACCAAGGACAUGGUGCGCUGGUCGCGGCCGGCGUCGCCCCCCGUGGUCAAGGUGGAGGUCUUCUACAACUCCGAGUACAGCAUGCCGUCCACGCACGCCAUGACGGGCACCGCCAUCCCCUUCUGCCUCUUCAUGCUCACGUAUGGACGCUGGCAGUACCCGUUCCUGUUUGGGUUGUGCGUGGCGCUGUGCUGGAGCGUGCUGGUGUGCGUGAGCAGAGUCUACAUGGGCAUGCAUUCGGUUCUGGAAGUGAUCAGCGGCUUCCUGUACAGCCUCCUCGUCCUGGCCUUCUUCCAGCAAACCCUGGACAAGAUCGACGACUUCUACAUGAGGCACGCCUACGCGCCGCUGGUCAUCAUCGUGUCGCACGUGAGCCUGGGACUGGCGGCGUUCUCGCUGGACUCGUGGAGCACCUCCCGCGGCGACACGGCCCAGGCGCUGGGCACCGGGGCCGGCGCCGCUCUGGCCACCCACGCCAACUACCGGCUGGGCCUGACGGCCGACCCUGCGGCCCGCGCCCUGCUGCGCUUCGCCCUGGGGGUGGCCGUCCUCCUGCUCACCCGGAUGCUCAUGAAGGCGGCCGCCAUCCCCCUGCUGUGCCGGCUGGCCGGGCUCCCCGCCGACGACGUGCGGCGGGCCAGGCAGCGCAUGGCCGUGGAGCUGCCGUACCGCUACAUCGUCUACAGCGUGGUGGGCUUCACGUGCGUGUGCGUGGUCCCGCUCCUCUUCAGGCUGCUAAACCUGGCGUAAACCAAACGCGGCCCGCGUGCGCCGUACAGGGUGAAUGCUACGCAAACGUACUGCUGUUAUGCCACAAGAGAAAAGGGGGGGGGGGCUCAAUGUCACGUUGUAACGUGACGUGGUUGACUUGCGCGUUCGGCUAAACCAAAUGCGGCAAACCGUUCCGGUUCAGGUCACGGGCGGAGGUCGACGUACUGUAUGUGUGUCCGAACUCUUGGGCUGAUCAUUAUUACUGUUAGUAAACUUUUUUUUUUUGUGAGAACCUUUGUCUUGAAAGCGACACAUCCUACUUUAGGCUCCGCCCGCAACCUGCCCGGAAGGACCCCCCCCCUCCUUCUCCCCCCAUCUGCCACAGCAAAUGACCAGGUUGAAACGUAAAAUGAGGGCCUCGUUUUUUCGCACCAAACGCAGCAGGAAAAGUGAAAUGGCGAAAAGCCAAUCGAGUCCUCCAAAGUUCUCCGUCUUUUGCACUUGUUUUGAAGCGAUGACCUUUAAAACAUGGAAAGUACAGAAUGUAGAAACCAAUCUCGAAAUUCACUAUACAGGGUCUUGAAUUUCUGUCAGGGUAACGCUGCUGUCAAUUACAAGACUGGCAAUAAUCUGGAGAAAAGAAGAAAAAAAAAAAAACCCAACAGAACAAUGCACUGUAUACUCGCAGAAGUGCUUAAAAAAAACUCAAAGAUGGCAAACUUGAGGCUACCAAGCACUUGACAACACACUGGAGGAGAGAGGAGACUCCGGAAAGGCACAACUGGGUGUUUCCAAAGUAUUUUUGUGUGAGUUGUUGAAAGUGUCCAAAAGAUCCCCCGCCCCUCCCGGGACAUCCAACGUCCACUUUUGUUUCAUUUGAUCCAUCUCUCUGAUUGUGCUUACUGUACUUUUAUUUUAUUUUUUUUUUAUCACCAUCACUUUGCUCUGAAGAAUAAACCAAACGAUGAAUCGCG